AACUUACAAUAAUCAAAAUCUUAACCAUCGUGAAAGAGCGGCACUAUUUACUGGUGCAUCUUCCACGGAAACUAACCCAGCUUUAAGAUCCUCCGCACCUUCUUCAAAUUAUACUCCAAACGCACAUUUAGAUUUAGAAAGUCAGAAUGAUGAAAAGAUUGAAGGGUUAACGGGGAAAGUAAAGUUAUUGAAAGAGUCGGACGAAUAUUCACUUACCAGUUCAUCACUUGGUGGUACGAUGAAUAAGUUAAAGCGAUUAGCAGUUACUCAAAAUAGCCAAUUCACAUGGUGGCUAAUUUUUCUUAUCAGUUUACUUCACUAG